AUUCCAGGCAUUCGCAGUGUCGUCUAUGCAAAUUUUGUAAUCUUAGUUAUUUAGUGGUUAUGGUUGACGUUUUAUCUUGCUUUGGUGCUUUAAGUGGAUAUGAUUGGUCCAGGAAUUCAAAUAUGAACAGUUAAAAAUAGACAGAUUUGCUGAAAGCUUCUUAAUUUUGCAAUAAAAAAUAUGUUAUUGAAAAUUAUUUACUGACAGAUUGGUCAGUAAUGUGACUACUGUAUUAGGUUUUAGUGAAUUCAUAAAUGGUUAAAAAUAUUUUGAAGAAGGGUGAAUGUGCUUACUUGCGUUUCGCUCGAUUAGCUUCCCUAGGUGCUGUCACGAUCGGGUUUGUUGCUCUUGCCGCAUCACCGAGAAUGGAAGCGGUCCGUGUCCCGCUAUGAACCAGAAUACUGCACUGAAUCCUGUUUUAACGACGAACUCGGUGACGGUGGUAUCACCGGGUGAAAUCGUUCCAGUCUCAGUCGCCAGCUUCGACCUCGACCCCAUCCCAGGCUGUGAACCGAGAGGCUCAAUGGGCCCCCGUGACACUGGAGCUGCCGACGGUCUCACGUAUGAGGACGCGGCGGAGGGCAGAUCUCCACUUUCCGCAUACAUUGAUGGCGUACCUGUCACAGUCUCCGUCCAAAGCCUUGACGGUCAGCAGAGACUAAUAUAUGUGGCGGCAGAUCCGAGCGGAGGCGCGGUGUCAUUCGUCAGCCCGCUGACCACGGAGGGCGGUCUGCACUUUCAGGCGGGGGUUCCCUCCCAGCCCUUCUUGUCUGAGGAUGAGGUGCCCCCUUUGCCCUCUGCAGCGGGCCUGCUGUCCAUCCAGCCUCUACCCCCUACCCUGCAGUCUCUGGAACCUCUGGACUCACUGGAGCCCCUUCAAGCCCUGAACCCCUGUCUCUUGUUGGGUGGAGAGCAGGAGCAACGGUGCCCUGACCCAGAGGAGCCCAAGAAACGGAAAGGCGGCUGGCCGAAGGGGAAGAAGAGGAAGCCACGGAGGGAGCCGUCAGCACCGCGUGCACCAACAACAGGCUACAUGAUAUUCGUAAAUGAGCACAAAGUGCGGCUGAGGGCCGAGAACCCUGACCUCCCCUUCACGGAGAUCACCAAGAUGCUGGGAGUGCAGUGGUCCCGGCUCUCCGCAGAGGAUAAGCAGAAGUACAACUCGGGAGCCGAGCAGGACAAGCUGCGCUGCAUACAGGAGCUUGUUGCCUACCAGAACAGCGAGGCCUACAAGGCCUUUCUGAGGAAGAAAGCCCGGGACAAAGCCAAGGACUUGUGUGGCAUUGAAUGUGACGACUCUGAGCUUGAAAUGGAAGCACUUGCCUUGUCACAGAUCGAUGCGGAUGACAGCAGUCACCUGUACUGCCGCACUUGCAAGCAGUAUUUCAGCUCGCUGCAUAAUAAGAAGGAGCACCUGCUAGGAAGGCAGCACCUACAGGCACUGACAGAGGAGUUUGAGAAAGAGACGGCUGGCCAGCACAAGGCUUCACAGCCCACGGCGGAGCUUGAAGAAGAGCAGGAUGAGGACGAAGAGGAGGAGAUGGGGCAGGCUCACCUCUGCAGUCUGUCUUCCGUUGAACUAAGUGUGCUGGAAGAGCUUCUCCUGCGACAGAUAAACUUGAGGGAGCUGGAGCUGCUUGAGCUGACGGCCAGUUUGGACCAAGCCAAGAAGCAGCAGGAACAUCUGAACAGUGAGCUCCAGGAGCUGGAGGUGCAAAAGGGCGCCCUGCAGCAGGAACUCCAAAGUUUGAGAGACAGUGGGACCACGCUGGAGUCGCAGCUUCAUGGACUGAAGAUGCUACCCCUGAUGUUCCCGUUCCAUCUGGAUGUCCUUGACAGAGGUAACGAGGUCCUGCAGAAGCAGAGUGUGUCGAGCACUCAUGAAGUCAGAGUCAAGCUCUAAGUAUGUUAAGCUAAAUGGAUUUAUGAGGGAAAAGUCAUGCCAAUUAUGCAAAUUCCAUGUGUUUUAUUGUAGUAAAAAUCUACACUUACGAGUCUUCCCUGAUUUUUUUUUGUCACAUUAGAGUGAUAAAAUGUGAUAAACUGGGUGUUAUAAAUCUCUCUUAACUUAUAAAAAAAAACAUAUCACUGUGAUAAAUUAAUAUUAGCAGUCACACAAAUCAUGCAUGAAUUAAAAUAUUACAUUAAAAACAUAAAUGUUAGGAUGCUGAAGACUGAAGGGGGGACCCUGACUGAGCAGGGUCACUGCACCCCGGGACGACCUUGAGGGUGGGCCUGACCCAGUGGGUUUGUUGGAUGCUCUGUUGGCUUGGCGACGGGCUUUUCAUUUGCUCUUGUUUUAGCUGUUCAUUCUGUUGCUUUCUUCAGUUCCGUUCUUUCGCUGACGCAACAUCACAGCACUGUAAAUAGCUGUUAGCAGAAAGAUACUUCUCCACAUGGUCUUAAUAGUAAGUAGUGGUUGUUUCUGAGUUCACUAAUGAUAUCUGAUUCUCUGUUACUGUGAAACAGAACCCCUGUAGCACUGCUUGGUUUUAUUCUUGUACUGUGCAGUAGAAAUCACUUGCAUGCCAGAACACCAGUGUGACAGCAUUUGCAUGUAGUCUUGCGUGCUGUUGCACUUGCAGUGUUCAGUUGUAGUUGUGGUGCACUGAAUAAGCUUCUGCGGUUGAAAACAAAACUAGAUUGUAAAACGCUGGAUAACAGGAUGGUAGGAACCAAAGCAGAGCAUGAUGGUGUCAAUUUGCACCAUAGGAAGUUUGCACUUAGCAUUAAAAACAGCUACCCCAUUUGUACAGUGUGAAAGGAUGAGUGGAUUAUGGCCAUACAUACUGAGCACAGUGCUUUGGGUCACAAAAACCCUUAAAAGAUUUAAACUUAAACCUCUAAUGCAUACAAUCAUGAUGGCCCCACCCUAUUUAAAAAGAGUCCAAAUGACUGUAUUUCUACAUAGUGCAUUGUGUUGGAAAUUCAACAAAAUAAAUACGACUUUCAUUCUC